AUGAGGUGGUGUUUUGCCGUUGGAAGCCGUUGCAAUGGCAGCUGGACUGCAGCAUCAGCACGCGGUUGGCGCUCCGGGGGCGGGCGUCGUCUUUUGAGUCAUAGCAGCAGAACGGCUUUGGGGCGCACUAAUAGUGCAGCUCCCCCGCAGUUGCGACCAGGACAUCGAUUUCUGCCCCUCGAGAAGCUUCCAUCGCCUUCGCCAACACCAACUCUGAGCUACUACUACACCAAUACUACCACCACCACCCUCGCGACGUCACGUCUCGGUUCUGCGGUUGGAAUCCCCUGUCGGAGAUUAUCCUACAAAAGUCGUCCUGGCUUGAUAAUACCAAAUCAGAGAUCCUCCUUGUCGACAACGAACAAAACCGCCAACAUGGCCACCGAGGUCAAGUGGACCGCUGAGACGGUUCGCAAGACCUUCCUCAACUACUUUGAGGAGAGGGGUCACACAGUAGUUCCCUCGUCGUCGGUGGUCCCUCACAAUGACCCCACCUUGCUCUUCACAAAUGCCGGCAUGAACCAGUUCAAGCCCAUUUUCCUGGGCACUAUCGGCAAGACUGAUCCUAUGGCCGGUCUGAAGCGCGCUGUCGACUCUCAAAAGUGUAUCCGCGCUGGUGGCAAGCAUAAUGAUCUUGACGAUGUCGGCAAAGACAGCUAUCACCAUACAUUCUUUGAAAUGUUGGGCAACUGGUCCUUUGGAGACUAUUUCAAAAAGGAGGCCAUUCAAAUGUCGUGGGAGCUGCUGACCAAAGUCUACGGUCUCGACCCCGCUCGGUUAUACGUAACCUACUUUGAGGGUAACCCGGAAAUGGGCCUUGAGCCCGACUUGGAAGCCAAAAACCUAUGGCUUGAGAACGGCGUACCUGAGGAUCACAUCCUGCCUGGAAACAUGAAGGACAACUUCUGGGAGAUGGGUGACCAAGGUCCAUGUGGUCCUUGCAGUGAGAUCCACUAUGACAAGGUGGGCGGAAGAAACGCCGCUCACUUGGUCAACAUGGACGACCCCUUGGUUGUCGAGGUGUGGAACAACGUGUUUAUUCAGUUCGACCGGCAGCAGGACAAGUCCCUGAAAACUCUUCCCGCCAAACAUGUCGACACAGGUAUGGGUUUCGAGCGCCUGGUCUCUGCCCUGCAGAACAAGACUUCGAACUAUGCCACCGAUGUUUUCUCUCCCCUGUUCGCCAGGAUACAGGAGGUGACAGGUGCCCGGGCAUACACGGACAAGUACGGCAAGGACGAUGCCGAUGGCAUCGACACGGCCUACCGUGUAGUUGCUGACCACAUCAGGCUCAUGGCCUUCUCGAUUGCCGAUGGUGCAGUUCCAAACAACGACGGCCGUGGCUACGUUGUCCGUCGUGUACUGAGGAGAGGUGUUCGAUAUGCACGCAAGUACUUCAACGCCGAGAUUGGAGGUUUCUUUUCGCAGAUUCUUCCCACGCUCGUUGAGCACAUGGGAGAACAGUUCCCCGAACUUGGUCAGAAGCAGCAAGAUAUCAAGGAAAUUCUGGAUGAAGAGGAGGAGGCUUUUGCCCGGACAUUGGACCGUGGCGAAAAGCAAUUCGAAAAGUAUGCCUCAAUGGCCAUCAAGGCUGGCGAGAACAAACUUUCCGGCUCGGAUGUAUGGCGGUUGUACGACACUUUUGGAUUCCCCGAGGAUCUUACAAAGCUGAUGGCCGAGGAACGUGGCAUCACUAUAGAUGAGGCCGAAGUUUCAGUGGCUAGGGAAAAGGCUCGCGAGGCAAGCAAGGCGGUCAAGGAGUCGGUUCAGACCUUUGCCAAGCUUGACGUGCACAGGAUCUCAGAGCUAGAGAACGAGCUCAAGAUCACACGCACAGACUCUGAGGCCAAGUACUUGAAGGGUGAUAUAACCUCCAAGGUUUCUCUAAUCUAUACAGGCAAGGAAUUUCUCAAGAGCAGCAAGGAGAUCCCACCAAAGACGCCACUUGGUCUUAUUCUGGACAAGACCAACUUUUAUGCGGAAUCUGGUGGUCAAAUUGCCGACACGGGCCGCAUUGUCAUCGAUGGAGUGGCCGAGUUCAAGGUUUUGGACACACAAGAGUUCGGCGGUUACGUCUUACACAAUGGCUAUCUGGAGUAUGGAGAGCUCACCGCUGGAGAUUCGGUCAUUUGCGAGUAUGAUGAGCUCCGUCGGCAACCGAUCCGCAACAACCACACAGGCACCCAUAUCCUGAAUCACUCACUUCGUGAGGUUUUGGGUGAUGACAUUAACCAGAAGGGAUCUUUGGUUGAUAACGAGAAGUUGCGAUUCGACUUUUCUCACAAGACUGGUGUUACGGUUCCCGAGCUCAAGAAGAUCGAGGACCUGUCAAACGCUUAUAUCCGCCAGAACUGCAAGACUUAUACCAAGGAUGUCGACCUGGAUCUCGCCAAGCAGAUCGAGGGAGUGCGCGCUGUUUUCGGCGAGACAUACCCCAACCCCGUCCGUGUUGUUUCCAUCGGCAUUGAGGUCGACAUGCUGCUCGAAAACCCCAAGAAUCCGGAGUGGCGCAAGGUUUCGGUUGAGUUCUGCGGUGGAACCCACGUCGACCAGACAGGAAUAAUGAAGGAUAUGAUCAUCGUCGAGGAGAGUGGCAUCGCCAAGGGCAUUCGACGUAUCGUCGCCUACACAGGCGAUGCUGCCCACCAGGUCCAGCGUCUCGCCGCUGAUUUCUCCAAGCGCAUCGACGAGCUCGAGAGCCUGCCCUUUGGAACUGAAAAGGAGGCCGCCAUCAAGACGACGCAGGUAGACCUGGAGCAGCUCGUCAUCUCAUCGGUCACCAAGGAUGAGCUGCGCACGAGGUUCACCAAGAUCCAGAAGGCUGUCGUUGAGGAGCAAAAGAAGAAGCAAAAGGCCGAGAGCAAAAAGGCACUCGACACUGUUGCUGAGCAUUUCAAGAACCCGGAAAAGGCAGACUCCAAGGUGUUCAUUGGACAACUGCCCAUUUCGGCCAACGCCAAGGCUGUUUCUGAAGUGAUGAACUUUUACAGAUCGAAGGAUAAGGAAAAGUCGGUCUAUCUGUUUGGUGGCAGCAAGGAAGAGGGUGCCGUGGUUCACGGUGUAUAUGUGGGAACCGCUCUCGCUUCACAAGGCAUCACUGCUGAACAGUGGGCCAAUGCUGUGUCGGAAGUGAUCGGCGGCAAGUCUGGCGGAAAAGAGCCGACGCGACAGGGACAAGGCACCAAGCCGGAGAACCUGGAGCAGGCUGUUGCAGAGGCCGAGAAGUUCCUGACCGAGAAGAUAAAGGACCUCAAGAUCUGAACGGCUUUUCGGACUGAACUGCUGCGGAAGCGUAGAAGGGGAAUGUGAAUACAAGCAAGAAAAACGCAUGCAUAGUUCGACAUCUUCCAAGGAAUGAUAUGCAACGUUGAUUUACAGGUCAAAACGGCCGAUAGGCUAGGUCGCGACACAGUUUUUCUUUUUUUUGGCGACGGACUUUUAUGGAGAAACCCGGAUGGAACAUGGGAGGGAACCUAUGCUGGACGGGUAGGACGGUUAAGCGCCGAAAUCGGGUGCGGCGCUGCGAAUUUAGUCUGUAGCUCCAAGAUGGCAGCUACUGGUGUUACAUGUUCUUCUUGUUCUUUUUCGACGUCUUUCGGCUAGAUGUACCAACAAAACAAAGAGAGAGAAAAAAAGAUGGGACCAAAAACACAAACUAUUGGGCCACUUUAUAAUGUUGUCAUGACGCUGGCGUUUUUGAACCAGCUCAGCAUCGGGUUCUCGCCGCUCUUGGUACGAGUCUCAUCGACGUAGGCCCAGCGGCGCAUAAAGUCCUCAUGGGUCAAGACCCUGCUCAGCCUACCGGUGAUGGCCUGGUACAUUUUUUCCAUGACGGUAAAGUCGGUCGGAAACAUGAUGUCGAAGUAGCCUUGAUGUACCUGGGGUGUCGUCACGGGCACGGGGCGGCGCUGAUACCGCGUCUGGACGAUCGGCGCGUUCAGACCCGGGGUGGCGUCUGGAAGCCAGUGGAAAUCGCUCGUGACGAGGCGGUGGGCGGGGAAGUAGCGGUCGAGGACCUCGAAGAACUGCAUCAGACUGGUCGGUAUGUACUCUGGCUUGCUGAGGUUGUGGGCAAAGGGCAUGCCGAGCUUGAGCUUGCGCAGCAGCCUGUUGGCCGGGUAAGGGGUCUCGUAGCGGCCCCCGGUUGCUGCGUGCCUGACGCGAAAGAAGCGCUCGGCCAGGGGGUCGAGCCUGGGCUCGUAAAACUCGAAAAAGUCGCCGCGCUGGUCGAUGAGGACGGUCCCCUGCAUGGGCUGCUCGGUGGCCAGGUCGUAGCGGAUGCAGUCGUGGGAGAAGUUGUCAAAGACCUCAAAGGCGAGGAAGAAGCAGGGGCUAGGCUCGGGCUGGGCCCAGUCAAGGAUGGAGCGGUUGAUGAUCUCGACCUUGUCGGCGUGGCCACGGGCGGCGGCCGAGGAGCGCAGCUGGCGGUUCUGCAUCUCGGCCAGCGAGGACGAGAUCUCGAUGAUACGGUACUUGGUGCGGUCGUAGACGGACGGCUCCGUGUCGCGAAUGAAGUCGAGUAUGUUCAGCAUGAGGGUGCCGCGCCCUGCGCCCAUCUCGUAGAUGAUGAGGUCGUGGUACGGAUAUGAUGUCAGGACGUAGUUGGCCAUGAGGUAGCGGGCGAUGGCCUCGCCGUAGUAAGGGCGGAAGAGCUCCGUCGGGGUGAACCACAGCUGGCGCGUGUCCGAGGGUUGCGUCUUGUCCAGGUCGUCCUCAAAGUCGG